AUGGAGGAUACCUUCGAAGAAAACUUCACAAAUUCCACCGAUGAAUAUGAGAUCUUCGAAAUAAAUUCCACCGAUACAUUCGAUUUAUAUGAUCUGCUUCAUGCGAUUGACCUGUCUGGUCAAUUAUUUCAAGACUAUUUUUGGAUAGCUUCAUGUUUCUCAAAUUUGUUCCAUUUAUUUAUUCUGCUUCACAAAGAGCUGAGAUCAUCCGGAAGUUACACAAUCAUGAUUGGAAUUUGUAUUGCCGAUUUAACAAUUGCUAUUAUUAGUUUGGAAAAUUUUGCUGUAAAACUCUCAUUGCUACCUGAAACCUACCCUAUUCCUCCACAGUGCUUGAGAAGCGACUACAAAUCUUUUAUCCCUUUGUUAAGGCUGAGGCAGCAAGUUGACACUUUAGGCCGUCGUCUAUCAGUCUGGUUGGCAAUUUUAUUGGUAUUCAUCAGAGCUGUAUCUGUAAAAUUUCAUAUGAAGCGUUGGGUUGAGAAGAUUAACAAGCCCAGAGUUGCAAUCUAUAUGAUGACUGGGGUGGCAACUUUUUGGCUCUUUUUUGAUUCAUGGCAGUUUUUAUUCACUACAGUAUUUUGGUUGCCAGAUAAUGUGGACGAUAUAUGCAAAGUAUUGCCGGAAAAAUAUAUAAAACAGAUCCAUGUGUAUGCAAUUCCUACAAAUUUUCAACGAAUUGUCAGUUACAUUUUCGAACUCAGUUCUCAGCUAAAAAUUAUGGCUGCAAUUUGUCAUCUCUCGUUGACAGUGUAUUUAUCAAUUCAACUACGCACAAUUCUGAGACGAAGACGACGAUUAUCUGGAACGAAUAACGUUGAAGCUGCAGUUAACACAAAACUCAUCCUGUUCAUAUCAAUUGCGUUUUCCAUUACUCAAUGUGUCGGAGCUCUUACAGUAAUUGAUUACAGUGGUGACGCAAUUUCUAUAAAAAUAAUAACUACUGCGUUAACCAUCUCAAAUAACCUGAGAACUCUGAACUCUAUAUCAAAUGUCUUUGUUUGUUAUUUUAUGUCAGUUCAGUAUAAGAAUGCGGUAAAAAGUUUAGCAUUUUGGAGACGUCGGGAAGUUUAUGUAGUUGAAGAUAUUUCAUUACAAACCAUCUAUCAAGCGAGGGACAACUGAUUUAUUUUUGAGUAAAAUAACAUAUGGCUGCGAUUUAUACAGUUGAAGUUGUUCAAAGUUUUUUGUCAGAAAACUCUUAUAAAAAUUGUCCAACAAGCUCAAGCUUUUAUUUUAUAGAAAACAGUUAUUUUUCAUGACUCUUAAAAACUGUGGCCAUCGUUCAGCAAAUCAACUUUUAAAUGCUUUAGGUUUUUUGGAUUACUUACAAUUGAUAGCAUUUUUACGUCAAAUAAGUUUUCAUUUGUGCGAAACUUUGAAAUGUUUACAAUUGGAAUGCCAUGCCCGAUAAAUUGCCAUGAAUCUAUAGAAAUCGAUAUGCAACGGAAAAUGUUUUGAGUUGGAGCUCAUUGAUAAAUGUUUAUAUUUCAAAACUUGGGGUCCAGGAGUUAUUUUUUGUUUUCUUUUUUGAUUUUUAAAGAAUGGAGACAUUUGAAAUAAAUUCCACAUUCGAUUUAUACAACGUUCUCUAUGCAGUUGAGCAAUUUGGUACACUAAUUCAAGACUAUUUUUGGAUAGCUUCCUGCUUUUCAAAUUUAUUUCAUCUAUUUAUUUUGCUUCACAAGGAACUGCGAUCUUUGGGAAUAUAUACAAUAAUUACUGGAAUUUGUAUUGCUGAUUUAACAGCAGCACUUGUAAAUCUACAUUAUUUUGCCAUUAAACAAU